AUGUCAAGUGACAAACUGGUAGAAUCAAAGAUCGUUUCACGUACAGAUCAAACACGCCGCGGAAAGAACAAGUUUACCAUCAAUGAAGACGCAAAACUUCAAAUGCUUGUAAAGAAGUACGGAGAAAGCGAUUGGUCCACUAUUUCGCAGAUUCUUAGAUCUAAAAAUGCUAGACAGUGCCAUGAUAGAUGGUUUUAUUAUUUAAGUCCGAAGUUGAAUCGCGGACCAUUCACAGAAGAUGAAGAUCAAAAACUUAUUAAACUUGAAAAGAAAUAUGGACAGCACUGGGUUCGUAUAUCAAAACAUUUUUCAGGAAGGACAGAUACCCAGAUCAAAAACAGAUGGAAUGUUCUUAAAAGAAGGCUAGAAAGUGAAAAAUCUAUUAAUAUUCCAACUAUAUUGAACCCAACACAAAAUAUUAUUCCACAAUCGCAGCAAGUUAUAACACAAAAUUCUGAUCCAAUUUCUCAAAGAAUGUUUGAUAAUCUAUUUGAACUCGAAGGAGUAGAUCAAAUAGAUGAUCCUUUUGCAUCUGUAUUUUGA